CACGCGGGUCUGUCUCUCUCCAACUGCUGCGAUUCCUUCAACCGCUGAACUUCCUCCAACUGCGCAUCCUCUCUCGUCUGCCACACCACCUUCAACCGCUAGACAGCCUUCAUCUGUUACACCUCUUUCACCUGCUGCACAACCCUUCAACUGCUGCACUUGCUGCGCGUGAUGGCUCCAAGGACACCACUGAUUGUCGUCGCUUCUGCGCUUCUAUGCUUCGCAUCCUUCGUCCCUGGACCCGGUGGCGUGUGCGGCUCGACUGAGAUGAACGGCACCCAGACACCACAGGGGGAUUCCCUGCUGCAGCAAUGCAUAAACAUGACAACCAUAAACGCGCAGUUCUGCAGCGUGUCCGAGGCGUGCUGCAUUCUCGGCGUGGACCAGACCGGCUGGAUCGCCGCCGCCGUGGGCUGGUCGCUGGCCUUCCUCGUGCUCAUCGUGUCGUGCGCCUGCCAACUCCACUCCAUACACCCCGAGGCCUCAAAGCGAAUUCGCCUGCGGGAAGGGGGCGCUACGAGCUAAGGAGAGAAAGGCCAGUCCCGCACCCCGCAAUUCCACCUUUCCCUCUGACAGUGCCGGAUUAUCCUCGUAGCAAAAGUGGCCACAAAUGCUACGGGCCCCGCACUUUCAAGGGCCUGGCGUUAAAUGCUUUCAAGCUAUCAAUUUCGGUUCCGUGAUUCUGCAAUUGCUGUAUUACUACAGUACUAUACCGCCUUCAACUUUUAUGAACGACUGGAUGUUUAAGGUUAGCGAUUUGUCGUAUUAUCUAGCUGUAUAGCAAAUUAGGAAAUGCAAUUACUUUACUAUGCAAGUUACAAAUUAGUGCUUUAAUAUUUGUGAUUUUGUUAUAUUUAGGGCCCCUUUAUAACAUCAUGCUACAGGCCACGCACUAGCUAAAUCCGGCACUGACCUCUAACAGCCCCCCCCCCCCCCACAAGCCCGCCGUGUUUGUGUCCACGUGUGUCUACAUGUCAACAGACGCUGUUUUGACAAUACGGUGGCUACACAUCAGGCGAAGGCCUGCAACUGCUCGCUCACGUAAACGUUGGCAGAAGCGCUUCCACUAGAGGCCGCUCUAGAGGGCUCCCUCUAGCAGGAGGAUACUGGCCACACGUCUUAGAAGUGGCAGGAGGAUUUACAAUGUAUCCCACCACGCGCGCAGCCUGCCGAUCUGCAUAUACCUGUGAUUACGCUAUCAAUUACAAUUAUACAUGAUGAUGAUGAAUUAUAGCAGCAUCAUUCGCUGAAUUUACAAUGGCACUGUGAUUGAGACGCAUGAUGAGUGGCACCAUCACAAUUCUAAUCGACUCCACCAGGUCCUCUCUUGUAGUUAUUUACCCAGGAAAACCUCGCAGAGUCUCAAGACUCCUUUUCAAGAGGGUCCUGCCAUACGUUGGUCGUUCGACAUGUGGCGUGUGGUGGUCGGCUACAAUCAAAAGCAAUAUGAUGAUGAUAAUUGAUGACGAUGUAAGUGUAACCACACACCCAUGGCAAUAAAUCUACAUCAGUGU